CACACUGUGAUAUUCAGGAAAAAAGCGAUUCAGAUUAUUUUAAGAGCAAAGAAUAAGUUUUUGCCACGUCAAGAAGCCAACUAGUCAAUCCGCCAAGCUGUUUAAUCUACCGCAAGUCUAUAACAGGACGACGGAAGACAGUCGUCACAGCAGCAGCAGCAGAAUGACCGUGCACGAAUUCAAGGUGGAAAUGACCUGCGGCGGGUGUGCCAGUGCCGUGGAGCGCGUUUUGGGUAAAUUGGGCGAUAAGGUCGAGAAAGUCAACAUUAACUUGGAGGAAAGAACGGUUACCGUCACGUCGAACCUGUCGUCCGAUGAACUGUUGGAACAGCUGCGUAAGACCGGCAAGAGCAGCUCAUACAUCGGUGUGAAAAAAUGAGACGAGUUCCUCAGCAAGUUUCAGAAAUACGGCAAGCUGAAACUUGAAGUCUAAUAGGGACGACGCAGGCCAGUCCCCACAUUGCUGAUAUCACUUAUGACCCAUACAAACCAUUCGAGCUGGAGACGCUGCUUGGUGCAUUCCUUCAGUGAUACCCAAGAUGUAUGCGAUGUGCAUAUACUUACAUAGCAACGAGUGGUAUCAUGCGAAUCAAGGAAAAAAGUUAAAUCAUAAUUAAUCAAAAAUAAAUAGGAGUUAUCUACAAGUUUUACAUUAGUAUUCGAUCUUGCCCAAGUUAUAAGUAGCUCGUAGUUAGCCAAUCUAGAGUUAAAUUAUUCUAUACUUAUUACUAGAAGCAGAAUUUUAAAUUCAAUUUAACAAAUGAAGUCUAAACAAAGUGCCAAGUUUUGCCUGAAAGCAGUAUAAUAAUUAUGAGUGCAAAAAUUUCCAAUGUUGUGGCCAAUAAAUGCUCUACUCGUAUGCCAACUGCUCUCAAAUGAUUAAACAUAGUUCAAUGACGAAUUUCAA